CCACACUCUUAAAUCUCUCCCCUCUGUACCACCCCUGUUGCACGGAUAUAAGUAACCCCCACAGAGAGAGAGAGAGAGAGAGAGAGGAAAGAACAGAGGAGGGCUUUUCGCAGUUUGGCCUUUGUGCGAACGAUGAUGAGGCAGGGAUUGGAGGGAGUGGGCGCCCUGUUCUUGUGCGUGUGGGUCGCUGUUCUCGCCGCCAUUGCAAGAGCUGAUGACCCGUACAGGUUCUUCACUUGGAAUGUGACUUACGGAGACAUAUACCCACUCGGCGUUCGCCAACAGGGCAUACUCAUCAAUGGACAGUUCCCGGGUCCCGACAUCUACUCCGUCACCAAUGACAACCUCAUCAUCAAUGUCAUCAACAGCCUCAGCGACCCUUUUCUCCUCUCAUGGAAUGGAAUCCAACAGAGGAGAAACUCCUAUGAGGAUGGAGUCUAUGGAACCACAUGCCCCAUCCCUCCGGGCAAGAACUUCACCUACAUCCUUCAGGUCAAGGACCAGAUUGGAAGCUUCUAUUAUUUCCCCUCCCUCUCCUUCCACAAGGCCGCCGGCGGGUUCGGCGGCAUCAGGAUCCUCAGCCGGCCGAUGAUACCGGUCCCGUUCCCGCCCCCUGCCGGCGACUACACCGUCCUCAUUGGAGAUUGGUACAAGGCCAAUCACACGGCUUUGAAGGCCACUCUUGACAAUGGUAGCAUGCUGCCGGUCCCUGACGGUAUUCUCAUCAAUGGCCGCGGAAGCGGAGCUUCUUUCACUGUGGAACAAGGAAAGACCUACAGGCUUAGGAUAUCGAACGUGGGGUUGAUGGAUUCCCUCAACUUCCGCAUCCAAGGCCACAAAAUGGUGCUCGUCGAGGUAGAGGGAACACACACUGUUCAAAACACUUACUCGUCGGUCGAUGUGCAUGUUGGCCAAUCGCUAUCAGUUCUUGUAACGGCUGACCAGCCUGCUCAAGACUAUUAUAUAGUGGUCUCCUCUCGCUUCACCUCCCAAGUUUUGACCACAACAGGCGUCCUCCAUUACAGCAACUCCGCUGGCCCCGUCUCAGGUCCUAUUCCUGGUGGUCCAACCACCGAGAUUGACUGGUCCCUGAACCAGGCACGCUCUAUCCGGACGAAUCUUACGGCUAGUGGACCGAGGCCGAACCCGCAGGGUUCAUACCACUAUGGCAUGAUCAACACGACAAGAACCAUCAGGAUUGCCAAUUCUGCUGGUCUUAUCAAUGGGAAACAGAGAUACGCGGUCAACAGCGUGUCCUUCGUCCCAGCAGAUACUCCUCUAAAGCUCGCUGACUACUUCAACAUCGGUGGAGUUUUUCGUGUCGGGAGCAUCCCUGACCAACCUACGGGUGGUGGGAUAUACCCCGACACGUCGGUCAUGGGAGCUGACUAUAGAGCCUAUAUCGAGAUCGUCUUUGAAAACAAUGAGGACAUCCUACAAAGCUGGCACCUCGAUGGCUACUCUUUCUUUGUUGUCGGUAUGGACGGAGGGCAAUGGACGCCGGCCAGCAGGAAUCAGUACAAUCUUCGAGAUGGAGUCGCUCGUUGCACCAUUCAGGUGUACCCCAAGUCCUGGUCAGCGAUUUAUAUUCCGCUCGACAAUGUCGGAAUGUGGAACCUGCGGUCGGAGUCCUGGGCGAGACAGUACCUCGGGCAGCAAUUCUAUCUGCGAGUUUACACCACUUCGACUUCACUGAGGGAUGAAUACCCGAUUCCUAAGAACGCCCUUCUGUGUGGUAGGGCGAGCGGGCGGCACACUCGACCCCUUUGAAGCAGCAUAAUAUGUCGGCAACAUUUCGGCUGGAAUAAAACUUUUCCCGCUUGAAUGUAUGAACAGCAGAGUUUCAUUUGUAUUCCAUCAUUCUUGGGUAUCAUUCAUUAGGGACGAUAGAUCAUUCUGAGCUCCGGGACGACCUCAUCUCGAGGUCGCAUUCUUUCUCGCGGCGGAAUCGGUUUUU